AUGUCCGCGUACGACCCUUAUGACCCUCCCCCGCGCGAGUAUUCCCGUCGGGUUUACCAUGAUGAUCGUCGUGAGAGGGCAAGUCCCCGGUACACCGAGACUCAGGAAACAUACUACAGAGUAAAUCCAACGAGCCGCACCGCACUUGUGCCUCGAACGAGGGAAGAUAGUGACCAGCUUUCUGUCGAGGAAGUUAGUAGAGACUUUCCUCCUCCAGGUUACUCCCGAGAUAUCCGUAGAGCCAAAUCCGCCGAUCCUGGUUACGAUGAUUACUACUACGACUCCCGCCGCCACGACGGCGCACGGGAUCACCACUCUCGUAAGAAGCCCGCUAGUGUUUAUUACGAGGAGGAGGAGAGAGCCCGCAAGCGCGUUCUAUCUAAGCAAGAAAAGAUCAUUGCCGCUGUCGCCGGUGGUCUCCUCGCUGCCGGCGCUAAAGAGCUAUGGGAUCGCCAUGAGGCAGAGAAGGAAGGCGCCGAAGUUCAUCGCAACAUAGCCGCCUCUGCUGCUCUCGGCGCUGCCGGUGCACUUGCCGGCUACCAAGGAGUGGACUAUUAUAGUAAACAUGCUGGUAAAGAUGACAAAAAGUCGACCUACAUUGUUCACAAGGGACGAGAUGGUAAAGUUGUCGAGUACUAUUCCGACGAUGACGAUGACGAUUCCAGGCAUCAAAAAGGCAACAAGUCUUUUCUUGAAAACGCCCUGGCCGCAGCUGGUCUGGGAGGAGCUAUUAAAGCCUUGACCGGUGGCGGUUCUGAGAGGGAUUCAAGAAGUCGCCGCGGUAGCCCAGACUCGUACCGUUCGCGAGGUAGCACAAAGAGCUCAAAAGAUACUCCUGCGGCUAGAAUGCAAAAGGCCGCCAAGGCAUCGCUCGUCGCAGGCGCUGCGGAGGCUUUCCGUGUUGCAAAGGAGCCUGGCGGAUGGAAGGGAGAGAAGAUGAAGCGAGUUCUUACCGCGGCUGCCGGUGCAGCAACUAUCGAUGCCGCUCAUGAUCCCUCCAAGGAUAGCAAACGCCACCUUGUGGAAUCCGUUAUCGGUGGCCUUCUUGGUAACCGAAUGCUCAAUGGCUCCAGAAAGGACAUUGAGGAAGAUAGGAGGACAGGUCGGAGCAGGUCCCGCUCUCAUGCACGCUCCCGCUCUCGUGCACGUUCCGAGGGUGGUGGAGGACCCGGUCUUGCGGCGCUAGCUACGGCAGGCUUGGGAGCUUUGGGCGCUAAAAAGCUUAUCAGUAGCCGGAGUCGGUCUCGGUCUCGCCCUCGUCGGGAUAGUAUCGACUCAUACGAUAGCCGAAGCCGCUCGCCCCCGAAGCGCCGCAGUCGCAGCCGCAGUAUCGUCGACAAGACACGACGCAGUCUAGCUAAAAUUGGCCUAGGCAAUGACCCUGAUGACAAAGACGACGAUGACUACUAUGACGACCGGUCUUCUCGCCGGAGUCGUCAUAGAAGCCCGUCAGAUGACCGCUAUGAUGAUGAUCACAAGUCUCGCGCCUAUAUGAGAGGAGGCCGAGGCCCUGCUAACGACGGUUAUGAUGAUUAUGAUGAGGAGGAACGUUCUAUUGGUAGCGGACGACCGCGUAGUUCGUCCCGUUCACGAGGAGGUAGGUCCAGUUCUGCUUCUAGUAGUGAUCUUGGAGAUUCAGACGAAGAUAAGAAGAUGACGUCGAAGAUGCGACGUAAGCAACUCAUUACGACGGGGUUAGCAGCUGUUGCCACCAUCCAUGCUGCUAAUAAUGUAUAUGGUAGCAUGGGGCAGCGCGACGCAAGGCACAGAGCAGUUAAAGAAGGUAAACUGAGCCCGGAGGAGGCUAGGAAGUUAAAAACUAAGGCACUUUUGCAAGAUGCGGCCUCGGUUGGCAUCGCGGCACUGGGCGUCAAGGGCGCCCUCUCGGAGCUCAAGGAGGCACGAGAACAGGCCAAAGCAGUUAGGGAAUGGAAAGAAGAGAAGCAAAAGCGUCAUGAGAAGCGGUUGGAGCGAAUUAGGCAGGGAAAUUCCAGCUCUAGUAGCAGGUCAAGGACUGACAAUUGGCGUUCUUCAGCUCCUCCGCGGGAGAAUCGGUAUGACGAUGGCCCCCAUUACACUGACGGGAACCCUUAUUCUGCCUUACCUGCACCUCCGGAGGGAUACGACAGGAGGUGA